GAUAUCAGUCGAAGCCGCUUCGCGUCACGUGUCCACUUCAACAUGGCCGCCGCCACAGAGUGUGGAGCUCAUGCAAACACUUCAGAAAACAACAUGUCUCAGAAGAAAGCUUUGUCUGCUGCUUCUGCCCUCGCUCUGCGAGUCGUUGCUGAAUGUCCCGUGACGAAAGCAAGAGUUUGUGAUCUAACACUGCCACACUGUGACGUCAGCACGCCGGUGUUCAUGCCUGUCGGUACUCAGGGGACAAUGAAAGGGAUCACUGUGGAUCAGCUUGAGGGUCUUGGCUGUCAGAUUUGUCUUGGAAACACAUACCACCUGGGCAUGAGACCGGGGCCUGAUUUGAUCGAGAAAGCCAAUGGUUUACAUGGGUUCAUGAACUGGAAGAGGAAUCUCUUAACUGACAGCGGGGGGUUUCAGAUGGUUUCUCUUGUUGAGCUCUCAGAGGUCACGGAGGAAGGCGUGAAGUUUAAGUCCCCCUAUGAUGGCAAAGAGAUCCUCCUAACUCCUGAGAAGUCCAUCAGCAUACAGAACAGUCUGGGGUCGGACAUCAUGAUGCAGCUGGAUGAUGUGGUCAGCAGUACUGUGUCGGGACCUCGGGUGGAAGAGGCCAUGCAUCGAUCUAUUCGCUGGCUGGACCGCUGCAUUACGGCCAAUAAAAACACAGACAAACAGAACCUUUUUGCCAUCAUCCAGGGAGGGCUGGAUGCAGAGCUGCGCAAGGCCUGUCUAGAUGAAAUGACUCAACGCGAUGUUCCUGGUUUUGCCAUCGGCGGCCUGAGUGGAGGAGAGGAGAAGAACGACUUCUGGCGGAUGGUCACCCUGAGCACCGACCACCUGCCACGAGAAAAGCCUCGAUACCUCAUGGGUGUCGGGUAUGCUGUGGAUUUGGUGGUGUGUGUUGCUCUGGGAUGCGAUAUGUUCGACUGUGUGUUCCCCACCCGCACUGCAAGGUUUGGCUCUGCCUUGGUUCCUUGGGGAUCUCUCCAGGUAAAACAGAAGCAGUACGCCAAAGACUUCCAGCCCAUAGACCCAGAAUGUCAGUGUCCCACGUGCAAAAGACACAGUCGGGCUUACCUUCAUGCUCUGUUUAAGAGUGACACUGCAGCCAUGCAUCACAUCACCAUCCACAACAUCGCCUACCAGCUCAACCUGAUGCGCUCUGUGAGACAGAGCAUUGUGGAAGGACGCUUUCCUGAGUUUAUACGGACGUUCAUGAAGAGAAUGUUUCCCUCUCCUGACCAGUACCCCGGCUGGGCUGUGGACGCUCUGGCCUCCGUCAACGUUACAUUGGAAUAGAACUUGGAAGAAAACCGUUGUUCUCUCAAUGGAGACAUCCAACAGUGAACAUUUUAUAUUUUUUAAAUUACUUUUCUUUUAAUGGGUGAUUGUUUUUUACUCUUUGUUUAUAUUUGUAUAUAAAUAACCAGUUUUGCUGGCGAUGAAAGAAAAUGGCUUUUGAUCUGAAGGGAAAAAGCCUGAUUGUCUUUUGCUUUACUCAGACUCUGCAAAUUGUCCUCAGUUCACAUUACGAUGAUGUGAGACCGAAUGGGAUUUAGAUGAGGUUUUAAACACAUGAACUAUCUCCUCUGAUAUGCUCAGACACUUUUUGUUGUUACCAUGGCUACAGAGCCAGGCCCACCCACUUGAAACGAAAUAUUUUGCCUUUCCGUCAACCUGGUCUUUCAUUUUUUUUUUUUUGCCAAAUGCACAAGAUGAAUGAAUGUAUAUGCAUUUUGGUGCUUUAACCGAGUGCCUCACACACCAGUAGUUGUCAGAAAACUGUUUGAACAGAUAAAUUAAUCUAGCUCAAUACAGGUUCUGUGCUUGUGUCAUGGUGACCACCAGAGGGCAAAAAAGACAAUACCAGAGCACAGGGGCUGUAAAACUGAUUGAUAUGCUAUGCAAUUUUCCUAAUAGAGUUAAAAGCAGUUCAGCUGUGUAUAAGUAAAAACAACAAACAAUAACAGUGAGAUAUGAGCUCAAAUGUAGGAGGGCACAAAACAUUCAAUUCCAAAUGAUUAAUUACCUUAAGUCAGCAAGCAUUUAAAUAGUAUCAACUCUUUCUUAUCCAUUGUUGUUCCUUUUUUUUCCUCUUCUAUUCAAGGGCAAUAAGCAUUUUGACCCUCUGAGUGAAGGUUUUGUUUGGAGCUUACAGAGGUGCUGGUUUAUCAUGGCUCGGUUGUGGGUGAUUAAUAUUAAUCACUUGGAGGUGAUUUGAAUAACACCUGUUGUCUGUGGCUUUGAGUCAACAGUCCUCUUAAGCACCACAUUUGAAUUUCAUUACGGGCCUUUGUUAUGACCACAGGCUCCAUGAGAUUAAACCUGUGACAUGUAAUGAGUGUCAGGUGAUCUAAUAUCUCGCACAACACUGUGGUUAAAGAAAUGAUGCUGUUGGUGAAUAAUAAGAGUUGUUCCCAAGUGUUAACACCCUUAAAACACAAGUGUCUGUUCAUUAUUUAUAAUGUGAGAUGACUUAAAUAUUCCUUUUAUAUUAUAAUAGCCCUCAUUCAGAAGAACUUCUAGUUGUGUACAUUAUGCUUGUAUUGUUUUCAAAUAUAUUACUGCUUAUUUUUCAUGAGAAUUUAUGUUUUAGGAUAGAUAGAAUAUCGGCAGAUUUAACUGUGUAUUUAUUUUGUAUCUUACAUAGCAUAGAGAGUAACAGUGUUUAGUUGACAAGCAUGCACUAAAUACACUGUAUUUAUUUACAUAUACGUGCCUCCUUAAACUGACACAGAAAAAACAACUAUGAACCAUAUUAAUAAAAAAAUUG